UAUUACAGACAGUAGUACCUCCUAAGGAAACAAUGAAAUUCAACGAAGAUACGCUGUUGCGUCAUGCACAAUUUAUUUGUGAUCAAGUUUUGUCGUUUGAUAAUGCUGGCGAUGACAAUACCUUUCUUAUUACAACUUCGUGUAUGCGGGCCAUCACGAAACUUUCUGGUGUCACGUUGGGUAAGAAAUCGGCUGUUCGUUCAAUGAGACGUGAACAGAAAAUUAAAGCGCCCGCCUGGUCAAUGGCUACUACGACAAAAUUAGUUCGUGAUAUGUUCGAAAAUAUUUUCGCUGGCCAACUUGCCAAACAUAAUGACAGUAAGUUGCUGAAAAGGCGGCGAUGCGGUGUUUGUGACAACUGUCGACAACCCGACUGCGGUACUUGCACUGCUUGUAAAAGUAUGCCGAAAUUCGGUGGCAAAGGAAUUCAAAAGCAGGCAUGCAUUAAGAGAAGAUGUCCAAAUUUGGCAAUUCAG